AUAGGCAAUCUUAUUACAUCUUCUAAGCAACCAUUCCACCACUACACUCCCUUCUCCCUUCUCCCUUCUCUCUUAGCUCCGCCGCUUGUUCAUUGCACCGCUUCAAGAUGUCAUAUGAACCUGAUCCAGACGAUGAUAACUCCCUCAACGACAACUCCCUCAGCGGGAUCAUCCGUACAGCCCUCUCCUACGACACAAAAUUGAUGCUCGCCGCGAUUAUCUCCCUCCUCCUCGUGAUCCUCUUCGUCCUCCUCCUCCACCUCUAUACCCGUUGGUACCUCCUGCAAGCCCGCCGGCGAAGCCGCUCCUCCGUGACUGUGCCGCGCGUCCUAGGAUCUAGAUUACAUAACCGCGCUAGUUUCACCAUCAUCGACACCACUACUAAUCCUGGUAAUUCUUCGAAUUCUCCAGGAAAAUUCGGCCUCCCUUUCUCAACCAUCGCCUCAUUGCCGCUAUUCGUGUACAAAGUCUCAUCCGAGGAAGAUCGUGAUUCCGGAUUAGACUGUGCAAUUUGUUUGAGCGCUUUCGAGGAGGAUGAGGUCGGAAGGAAAUUACCUGGAUGCGGACAUGCAUUUCACGUGCAAUGUAUAGAUAUGUGGUUGCACUCUCAUUCAUCAUGUCCGAUUUGUCGAGCAUCAAUCCGGUGUAAUCACAGUAAUAAAAACGAUCAUCUGGAAAUCCAAAUGGCUGAUCAAGAGCAAGAAUCGGAAUCUGUCGGAUUGACAAUCAGUAACGAGGAAGAACUGCGAUUGGAGAAUGUAGCUCCAAUAAGCGACCAGAUCACGGAGCCUCAUGAAACGGCGGAUGCUGCGGCGGAGAACGACUCUGGAGUAGGUGGUUCAUCAUCGUCUUCGAUUGGAGAAUCGAUUAAAAAGCUCCUGAGCAGCAGUAGCAGUUGCAGCAGCAGCAGCAGAUCCGGAGGUAAAAUUCAUCCUUCAUCGGAUGAUAAUGGAGAUGAAUCAGAGGUUUGAUGUUGAUAAUGAUAGGUUCGUUUACUAAAAUAGUCAUCGUAAACAUGUUACUAUGAACAAAAGUUGUAAAAAUAUAUAUGUAGUGAAAUGAGGUGUUUGGGAGUCAUAAAAUCAUUGAA